AUGUCGCACAGACUUCCGCUCAUUUGUUCCGUAAUACAAAGACGGACUGCUUGGACUUUUGAAUACUGGAAUUUCUAUCGCAUUGCAAUUGGGCCUCUGUUGUCUAUCCUCACAUUCAUUAGCGUCAUUACACUCGUUGGCGGUAGCCGAGAAAUCAGAUUUUCAGCAGACGUUUCGCGUUUGCGUCACGUAGGCGGGAGAGGGGCGCCACCAAAUCGAGUGAAUGUUCUAUCCAACCAGCCUUUUCUUAUGGAUUGUGUAAUGGAAACAAGAUGGCGGAGGAAGGUAGGUGAAGGGGCCAAGGACACGACGACGGCAGAGUUGCAGAGGGCAGCUUCGGAUGAGAGUCCGCCAGACUGUCGUCCAGGCAAGUUUGUUGCACAUCUGACCUGUCGUCUAGCUGCGGGAAGACCCCUGACACCCGUGAGCAGUGGUUCGGACAAUUAUGGUUAG